GAGCCUCAGUCGAAAACGAUAAUUACCGGUGGUUGUUUGGGAGAGCAGCAGCAGCAACUCAGACCAAUAAUUAUAAAUUUUGCUUCCUAAAAACCAAGAGAGAGUGGACACGGACGAACGGCCGACCGAAUAUCGAAACGUGUGUCUUUUGCACCAUCGCAUCGCAUCUUCACAUCACUCGUCUUCAUCUUCAUUUCAUCUUGUUUCAUAUUUCUUAUGUGGUUUAAUUCUUUAUCUCUUGAACUACGAGUAUAGUUUGGUUUAAGUUGGAUCCGUGAAGUACGAUUUUUCUUAUCCAUCUCUCGCCUACAGAGAUACUAUAGUGGCACUUUGAGUGCACUACCUUCCUACAUUCUACAUUCAUUCUCCUCCAAGAUCCGACGCGAACGAGAACAAUUAUUGCAUUUCGUGCUCUUCCUUUUUGAACUGUAAUUAUCGGAAGUUAAACGUUUUACCUUAGCACUGUGCAUCAAGUAUAACGUAUAAGUUAUCCAAAAAAAGAAGAACAACAAACAAAAUAAAAACAAGUUCACUACUUUAAACUUGGCUUACCGUCCUGCACAUGUAAAAUACUAAAUUACAUACCUACUGCAUGUGCAAAUAAAGAGUGCGAAUAAAAUACGCAAUUUGGAUUUUCCUUUUUUUUGUUUUCGGUUUUAAAAAAUAAAUGUUGUGUUGUUAUUGUUAUCCUUUGAUUAAUGUGAUUUCAUAAUAUUUUAUGGCAGUGUGAACAAUUUAUGUGAAUUUUAUUUAAAAAAAAAACAAUUUAAACAAUUUUUUAAAAAAUAUCAUCGACUAAACUUAAAAUUAAAUACAAAAUAAACUGUUAAAAUGAUUGACGCAACUUGCAACUAUGUAAAUCCCUAUGCGGCAACAAAGUUUCCGGGUUCCAAUGAAAGGAAUAAUUUAUCUGAGGAUGAUUUGAAACCACAAGUCGUUCCAGCGCAUGUAUCGGCAAAUAUGUACGUUCAUCCUGUAUCAGCAAUUUCUACAGGUUCACUAAUGGCACCUAAAGGAAUAAUGCACAAACCCAAUAAUGGAUCUGUAGCUAAAGUUCAAACUUUACUACAACCUCAAUAUCCUCCGCAAACGUCAUCGACGGGUUCAGUUUCACCGAACUCGAGUCUUUCUGCAAGCGUUUCACCGAGCGCUUUUCCAUCGCCGACAUCUUUUUCUUCAAGUCCUCCAACUCAAAAUGUGGACUUGGGCAGCAGUUACACUUGGAAUGCAUAUACAAGAAGCCAAUUUCCAUACGCACAAUAUGCAACACCUGACUACUAUGGAAAUAUGAGCAUGCCAGCAGGAGCGCCUUGGUUUCCACAUCAAGCCUGGACCUCAAACUCAUAUGGAUUUGGUAAUGCAUUCGACGACAUCGCUUUCCAAACUCAAUUACAACGAAGAAGUGUUCGAUGCACAUGUCCCAAUUGUACAAACGAAAUGUCCGGUCUUCCACCAAUCGUCGGACCUGAUGAACGAGGACGCAAACAACACAUUUGCCAUAUUCCGGGAUGUGAGCGUCUUUAUGGAAAGGCCAGUCACUUGAAGACACAUUUGCGUUGGCACACUGGUGAGCGUCCAUUUUUAUGUUUAACUUGUGGCAAACGAUUCUCGCGAUCAGAUGAACUUCAACGACAUGGACGUACUCACACAAACUAUCGUCCGUACAGUUGUCCAAUUUGUUCGAAAAAGUUUUCUCGCAGUGAUCAUCUCAGCAAACAUAAAAAAACCCAUUUCAAGGACAAAAAAAGCAAGAAGACAGUAGCUGCCGAAGACAAGGUUCCCGUAAAAAAGACCGAAGAGGAAACGUCCACUGCUGCAGAUGUUAAGCCAACGCCAGCCGCUACAACUUCGCUACAGCAACCGACGUUAAAAGUUGAACCAACUACAACUACCUCCUCACCAGAAGUUCCCUCCGGCUAUAACCCCUACCAGAGCUUUUACCAGAGUUCUUCCCUAUUUCCGCAACACCAUCAGCAAUCUACAGAAUCCAGUUUACAAAGCCAGCAGUCCAAUACUUCCAGCUAUUUUCCCACAAUGAACAUGGCCGAAGGUUCUUCAACACCCUACACUCACAGCCUAUCACACAUGCAAUACGAUCCACUGCAAGCGAUGAGCCAAUCCACCACCAGCUACCCCAUGAAAAGCGAUUCUUAUCCAUCUUACCCCGAAUUCAUCAGCAACAGUAUGAUGCCAGCGCCCUCAUCGACAGUACCGAAUUAUCCAGUUUCCAUGCACCAUCAUCAUCACCAUCCUUGGAACGCUCACAGUUAUCAGAAUUAGAAUUAGGUUUUUCUUUUUAUCCAAUCCUUUGAAUGUUGCCAUACAAAAUGCUCAACUAAGUCUUCUAUGUAAGAUUACAAAAACAAAACGAAAAAAAAUUAAUACUGUUAUAAUAAUAAUUUAUGGACUUUUUUUCAGUGCAGUUUGACAUGUAAAUAUUAAUUAUAAAUUAGAAAAUAGAUUUUAUUUUUAAUCUUUAACAAAAUUGAUUUCAAAUACGAAUUCUAUAGCUUGUUAGUAUGUAUAUUUUAUUAAAACGUUAAUACAUUUA